CGAGUUUCGAGUUUCGACUUUUUGUUCUUUUCUUCUUUUCUUCUUUUUUUCCUACACUUUUUGGUUCCGUCAUCGAGCACGUGAGCUCAAAUCCCCAAGUCGCAUCGACUUCCUCAUCCGAAAGCCGGAUACGAGACACUACAAUCAUGGUUCGCCCGCGGGGAAGCUCAGCCCUGGGCGUGGACAUCAGAGGCGACACCAGCGCACCAGCAAUGUCAACAAUGAACGAAGUCAGCCCGAUUGAACCCACAUCCCCGGAUCUAAAGCAAUUCGAUGCUCGCAAUGCAGACAAAUCCGCUGGCAAGACACAGCCUAAGCGCCGUCGCAGCCGGUCUCUCCUCCACCGCUUCGCUGAUACCUGUCUGCGCUACACCUGGCUUUUGCCGCUGGUCAUUAUGCUGUUCCUGCUCGGCUUGUACGCCGUCAAUCCCACCACAUCGAACCCCAUGCACAGCGCUAUCUUCCUCUCGUACCCGCAGCCCCCGAAGACACCCGGUGGCCCGAUCAUGUACGGAAAGGGAAAGAAGGAUAUCGCUUUCGUGGCCUUUUACACCAUUGUGCUGUCUUUCACGCGCGAGUUCAUCAUGCAGCAGAUGAUUCGUCCAUUCGCUGUUUGGUGUGGUAUCCGUGGAAAGGGAAAGACCGCGCGGUUCAUGGAGCAGAUGUACACAGCCGUCUACUUCGGAGUAUUCGGACCAUUUGGUCUGUUCGUGAUGAAGCGCUCCACCAUCUGGUACUUCAACACGACCGCCAUGUUCGAGGGAUUCCCCCACCGGGAGCACGAGGGCUUCUUCAAAGCUUACUACCUUCUCGAGGCAAGUUACUGGGCCCAACAGGCGAUCGUGCUGCUCUUGCAGCUUGAGAAGCCCCGCAAGGACUUCAAGGAACUGGUCGGCCACCACAUCAUCACGCUUGCGCUUAUCGGCCUGAGCUACCGCUUCCACUUCACCUACAUGGGUCUGGCCGUCUACAUCACCCACGACAUCUCCGAUUUCUUCCUGGCAACCUCCAAGACACUGAACUACCUCGAUGCAUUCAUCACCCCGCCCUACUUCGCCAUGUUCGUCGGCUGGUGGAUCUACCUGCGCCACUUCCUGAACCUGAAGAUCCUCUGGGCCGUCCUGACCGAGUUCCGCACUGUCGGUCCUUUCGAAUUGAACUGGGAGACUCAGCAGUACAAGUGCUGGAUCAGUCAGUAUAUCACGUUCGGUCUGCUCGCUAGUCUCCAGGCUGUCAAUCUCUUCUGGCUCUUCCUCAUCCUCCGCAUCCUGGCCAACUAUAUCUUCACCAGCGUCGCCAAGGACGAGCGUAGCGAUGACGAAGACGAGGAAGAGGAGGAGGUCGAUGCUAAUGAUACGAAGGCUGUCGCCACUGGCGUUGAUCAAUCUGCCAAGGAGAACCACGCUCCUCAGGUUCUCGUUAACGGUGAGCCUGUUGCCGAGCAGCAUGGUCCUCGCACUCGAAGCCGCAAGGCGUGAGUGCACACACACACUCUCCACUAGGGGCAUGGUUCCAGUGGGCGCCAUUGCCCCAGUUCCCACACAGGCUUUUUUCAACCGUGUUAUAGUUAUAUUUUAUACUUUGGUUGGGCUUCCGGAUGUUACUCUGGAUGUGUUGAUAUGCUGUUAUGUAUUGCUUUGAGCUCGUUUCCGCCAGGUAGAUUAGCCCUAUAGAAGAGCGGGCGCGGGCGCUUGUUUUGACGAGCACAUGAAUUAAAAUAAUUCUCCUUUGGGGAUGUUAAU